AGUUACGUCUUGGUCUGUGGCGCUGCAAUAGCGCCAGAGAAGAAGAAGUCAUCCAGCUUCUCCUGGAACUAUGGCGGCCGCCUUGAGAGGAACGUUAGUAACAUUGGCCAAGGGCUUGGGAGGUGUCCGCCUGCAUCAGCUGGCCACUCGACCACUAAGUGUCUCAGCAAGUCUUUGUGGAGCUGAAACCCCACUAGCCCGCGCUGAUGGUAUCUUCAAAGUCACCAUGGUUCCAGGGGAUGGAGUAGGACCUGAGCUGAUGACCUCGGUCAAGGAUGUCUUUAAGGCAGGUGACAUCCCUGUUGAAUUUGAAGAGUUCCAUCUCAGUGAAGUCCAGAACAUGGCCAAUGAGGAGAAAUUAGAGGAAGUGUUGACCUCAAUGAAAAACAACAGAGUGGCCAUUAAAGGAAAGAUUCACACACCAAUGGAGUACAAAGGAGAGUUGGCAUCUUUUGAAAUGAAACUAAGGCGUAAACUGGACCUGUUUGCUAAUGUGGUCCAUGUGAACAGCCUGCCGGGCUACAGCACUCGCCACAACAACCUGGACCUCGUCAUCAUUCGUGAGCAGACUGAGGGGGAGUACAGCUCCCUGGAGCAUGAGAGUGUUCCAGGUGUGAUCGAAUGUUUGAAGAUCAUCACCAGGGAGAAGUCACGGCGCAUCGCUAAGUUUGCCUUCGACUACGCCACUAAGAAGGGUCGAAACAAGGUCACAGCAGUUCACAAAGCAAAUAUCAUGAAAUUGGGGGAUGGCUUAUUUCUGCAGAGCUGUGCGGAGGUGGCAGAGCUGUACCCUAAAAUCAAAUAUGAGACCAUAAUCAUUGAUAACUGCUGCAUGCAGCUGGUCCAAAACCCUUACCAGUUUGACGUCCUGGUCAUGCCCAACCUUUAUGGGAAUAUCAUUGAUAACCUGGCAGCAGGUCUGGUUGGCGGAGCCGGAGUCGUCCCAGGGGAAAGCUACAGUGCAGAAUACGCUGUUUUUGAAACAGGAGCUCGACACCCCUUUGCACAAGCAGUGGGAAGAAACAUUGCCAACCCCACAGCAAUGCUCCUCAGUGCUGCAAACAUGCUGAAACACCUAAACCUGGAGUACCACUCUCAAAUGAUAUCAGAAGCUGUCAAGAGGGUCAUCAAACAAGGAAAGGUUCGAACACGAGACCUUGGAGGGUACUGCACCACUGGCGACUUUGUGCAUGCAGUUGUGGAGAACCUGCGUCACCGACCCGCUCAAUAAGACCCCCCCCUUCCACACUCCUCACUCAUGUUGCCCCAGAUGUGGACCAUGAUCCUAACAUGACCCGAGGACAUGUUAAGACUGAACCCCCCCACUCCUCUCCAUGUUGUAUCCCAUAUGUGUUUCGCUGCUUUGACAUUAGUGGCCUCCAAUGUUUCUACUUCAUGUAUUUGUGAUUGAGCUGGUGUAAAAGCAGUGAUUAGUGACCCAUUUUGUGAAAGAAAAUACACAGUUGCAGCUUUCCAUCCCACAUUUUGGUCCUCUGUUUUCUCUCCCUGCUUACUGUCCAUUUACCUCCAUAGUCACCGGCUCUUUUUUGUCUUCAUUUGAAAAUUGAUCAUCAAGAUUAGCGAUUCUGGGUUAAACUAAUGUGUAAUUUAAAUGGGACCUAAAUGCUACUUUGCAGUCUUAUAUAUUUUAAAUUUCAGCUAUUUAAUCGUUUCAUAACUAGACAUAAACGAGAUCACUAUAUGAAUUCUUUUUUUUUUGUUCUUUUAAGUAUUUAAAUGCCUGGAAAAGUUCUAGAUUAAAUAUUUAGUUUUUCCACCCCUGAUGAAGAUAAAUAUUUUGAUUUUAGGAAUUAAUUCCAAUCUAUGAGGGAAAGAAUUGGUUUCAAAUUAUAACCUAAUUUAAACGUUUUAGUAUUUGGUUUAUUUGAGUUUCAACAGCAGAAAUGCUAAAUUGACGUUCAGAAAAAAAAAAAAUCCAUAGAAAUGAAUACCAAGAGCUUUUUCAGAGCUUUUGACUUCUAAUCGACUUUAAAGGAGAUUUUUUUAAACUGGGCUUUUGGUUCACAAACUGAUCUUAAUCAAAUCAUUAAAGAAAGAAGCCUGACAUGGCAGGAGUCUAAAAAAAUUUAUUAUGAUUUUUAUCCUGAUUUGUCCAAUUUAUCAUAAAACAUAUCCUACUUAAAUAUUUUAUAGCUGGGUGUGCUAUAAAAUGUGUAGUCUGCGGUUUAGAUGGAAAUUAUGGUGACUUCUGUUCUAACAGUUCAACAUUAUGGGGAAUGUGUGUGGAGGGGAUUUCUUUCAGUGCUUUUCUCUAAUUGUAAUCAAUAUUGUAGAUUGGAAAGGCGGAAUUAAAUCAAAGCUCAGUUAUUUAUUAGGCAUAAAUAUCACACUGUAAAGCAACAACCAAAUAAAGUAUUUAAAAGCA